AUGGCCACAGAGAUAACGCUAAACGAUCGUACACCAGCGAUACAUCGAUCGUUCUCGCUGCGACGAAAGAAGUCGAUUGGUUCAUGUGAUUCCAGUGCUUCAACUUCAACCAAUAACAAUGGUCGAAUCCCAUUGCCGGGUUUCGUCAUUCUGCUUGCGUCUGAUUCUCAACGAAGAAUCACCCUUUAUGGAACAGCAGCUGAUCGUGCAGGAUUGUGUAUCGGUGACGAGAUUAUUGAGGUGAACGGAACACCUGUCGAAGGCAAAGAACAUGCCGAAAUUGUACGACUCAUUCAUAAAAGAUGGAAUCGCAAUUUUGUUGUCGUCAAAUCAGAUUCAGUGUGUAAUGCGACAUCUAUCAAGAUCGCCGACUACCCCAGAUUUGCAUCGCUGGCUAUUCCUGCCGCAAGCGAUGCGCAUUUUGAGGUGAACAUUUGCUUAUGUCAUUCCAAGUUUCUGAGUGCUUUUUGGGAAUCAAUAGUAGCCUCCAGAAUCCGCAAAUUGCGUGCUUUUGUACCGUUUCGUAGUUUGAUUUUGUCUGAUUGUGAACGUUCCCCUCCGCUCCAUCUUGUAAGCAGCAUGGUAUUACUUUUAAUGUGA